AACAUUCAGAACGGUUGGACCAACUUCCGUACCAAGUAACCCAGACAGACCAAUAUGGCGGCGUUCAGAGCAGGGAUUGUUUGUGUUGGUUUGAGACACUGCGCUUUGAAUUUGAUGAAAGUCAGCCUUUCCUUGAUACCCCGACGAGUUGUCAAAUUGCCUGUUGCAAUAAGGAAGAACUGGUUCUCCCUAACUGCUGCUACUGGCGGUCUGUGCGCGGUUCCAUUUGCCGUGAGACAAGAAGGCCUGUCUCACGAGUCGCUAAUCCGUCGGGCCUCGUCACUGGUCACAGACAGCACAAAUACCUUCCUCUCUCAGACCACCCUAGCCCUGGUGGAUUCCUUGACACAGUAUAUCAAGGCCAUAAAUACAAUUGUGACCCUACAUAGAAACUAUGUGUCAUCAGCCAGCAGACUGACUCCAGCAGAAGAGGAGGCAGUCUGGCAAGUGAUUAUUCGCCAACGACAGGAGAUAAAGGACCUAUUUGAGGACUGUAAGAAGUUUGAGUCAAACUGGAUGAUGGCCAAAGCUCUGUCAGAGCUGGCAGCUGAAACGGCAUUCAACGCAGGUGCCGACCAGGCAUGUGUGACGGCAAAAAGCAGUCUCCAGGUAGCCAUGGCUCAUGUUGAGCAGACCAGACAGCUUUCUCUGGAAGCGGAGGAGAACUUAAAGGAAUCCAACGCAGACAACAGUGAAAGGGUCACGUUGCCCGCUGCCAUGGAAACUGGAGAGGACGAUGAUAUCCCAGAUGCGUAUCUGCGAGAAGACUAGUGUGUGUUGUUUGUCCCCUUGCCUCUUCUAUAAUCCUUCUCCUUCUGUUAAUUUAAGGAUGGAUAAAGGUCCUGUCUUUCUGGAAGUCUGAUGAAAAAAAAACUAGAAGAAUGACAUUGUGGAGAAGAACUAGAUCUCACAGAGUCAUGGUAAUCAAUGUAGCGCUUGCACUGCAAAAUAAAUGUUUCUGUUUUUGGUUAUGUGAAUUCCAGGUGAUAAGUGCAAUUUAAAAUGGCAGCUUUAAUGCUGUGUUUAUGAGAUUAUUGGGUGAAAGUAAACUUUUUCUCUUUUUUUUUUUUUUUUUUUUUUUUUUU